AUGAGCCUCAGCUGCAGCAGCAGCAGCAGCAGCAGCAGCAGCAACAGCAGCAGCAGCAGCAGCUGCACCUGCUGCUGGUGUUUCUUCUCUCCCCCCACCCCUAACCCCUACCCGCAGCAGCAGCAGCAGCAGCAGCAGCAGCAGCAGCAUCGCCUGCCGCCUUUCCAGCAGCCUCAUCAUCAGCAGCAAAAACAGCAACAACAGCAGCAGCAACAGCAGCAGCAACAGCAGCAGCAGCAGCAAGAACAGGGGGCCCCCCAAAGCACAGCAGCGCCCCCACCCCUGCUCUCUAUGAGCCGCAGGGGCCCCCCCUCUCUGCUGCUCUCGGGGGCCCCCGCCCCCCUAUCUCAGCAGCUAGCUCUUGGGGGGGGGCCCCCCUUCUCUCCUGCUACUCCUACUGCUUUUCUACCGGCGGGGGCCCCCAAAGCUAUGCAGAUAAGGGGCCCCCCAGCCCCCCCCCUGUGGCUACCGCCUAGACCCCCUCAUGCUGCUGCUGCUGCUGCUGCCGCAGCAGCAGCAGCUGCUGCUGCUGCAGCAAAUGGACAGCUUGCUAUUCGUAAUGAAGCAGCAACAAAUGCAGCAACAACAGAAACAGCAGCAGCAGUAAACCCGACUGCUGCUACUGCAGCAGCAGAAACAGCAGCAGCAGCUGCUGCUGCAGCACGCGACGUUCUGGAGCUUGAUGAGGCCCAGCAGCAGCAGCAGCAACAGCAGCAACAGCAGCAACAGCAGCAACAGCAGUAA